UUAAGUUAUUAAACACACAUACACAUACACACACCCACGGCAGCGUAAGGAGAUCGCUUCGGUGCCGAAGUCACAGGAAAGACGUCGGCACUGGCGGCUGUGAUCUACUGCAUUUACGCUGGCUAGCCAGCUAGCGAACUGUAACAUUUAUGCGUGAUGUAACUAGCUACGGCGAGCUAAAUUCAAGAGGUGAAGACAAAAGGAGUUUGUCAGUCAGCCCAGUCUCCCUCGGCAUGUCAUAUACCGUAGCCUAGCUAGCUCGAUCGCCCGCUGAUGACAUAUGGCUUGCUAGGCAGCGACAACAAGGAAAUGUUCGAAUCCUCCAUUUUCUGGAGAAGCUAAACGCGUAUAUUCGAUGCGGCGGAGCGGCAGGUGCCUGGUGCCUUGUGGAGGUGUGCGCUGGGUGCUGGAUGUCGCACGGAGUCUGUUCGAUGACUUGCUCCAGCCUGACACUGUUUUCUAAUGAAGUCCGCACCGAAACAGCGGGGAUCUAACACGAAUGCCCUGAAUCGAGUUUUGCCAGUUCGCAUCUUCGAGGUCCCAAAAUUGCAAGGGAAACGCGGAACCCUGAGAUACUUGCUGCUCAAGUUUGGCUGUUUUGGGGGAGAACGUUUCGGAACAAAGUGCACCGUUCGUUGGAUGUGUAUCGGCGCAUUUCAGGGAGUUCUCAAAUGACCUGCCAUUCCUCCGACUCCACGGAAACCAUCGACAAUGAGAGAAGAUCGGAAACCGAAUCCCGUGUGGUAGAUUCCGAUCAGAGCCGUAUCGCCGCAGCCAUGAGAGACCUUAAAAAGACAGGGUGGUAUUGGGGAAGCCUGACCGCAAACGAAGCCAAAGAGAUCCUCCAGGAUGCGCCUGAGGGAACCUUCCUCCUACGCGACAGCUCCCAGCAGGACUACCUGUUCACCAUCUCCGCCAUGACCUCCGCAGGCCCCACCAACCUGCGCAUUGAGUACAAGGAGGGAAAGUUCAAGCUGGACUCGGUGGUGCUGGUCAAGCCCAAGCUGAAGCAGUUCGACAGCGUGGUGCACCUGGUGGAGCACUACGUCCUUCUGUCCCGGACCUCUACCAGGGGCGGCAGCAGCGGGGGCGGGGGUGGAGUCACGGGCGGGGGCGGAGUCACAGGCACAGGUGAGCCCUCACCGGCCCUGACCCCGCCCAACGGGGCGGUGCAGCUCCUCCUGACCACGCCCGUGUACGCGGCCAUGCCUUCACUGCAACAUCUCUGCCGCAUCUCCAUCAACAAGGUGACCAGACAGGUUCAGGACCUGCCCCUGCCGAACAGGCUCAAGGAUUACCUGUCGGACUACGCCUACCAUGUCUGACGCGGAGCGCCCCCCGAUGGACCGGAGUCCUCCGAACCUUUCCUCCCGUCGCGACACGGGAAUUUGACACUGCGCACGUGACGUUUUAAGAGCUCGCAAUUUUUUUUUUUUUAAUUAUUAUUAUUAUUUUUUUUGGUACUGUAAGCAGAAAAUGGAAAUGUUUUUCAGUCCAUUUCAUGAUGAUGCAAGUGCAUUUAUAAAAUUAACCCAAGCAAUAUUCAAAAAAAUGUUCCUGUUCUGUCUCCUCAUCUCUCCCUCUCUGUCUUCUUUUCCAUCCUUACGUUUUCUUCCAAGACAUCAAAAGUUGCACGUCCAAAGAGGUAUUGAAAGUUGCAGAUUUUCAGAUGUGAGAUGCAGUACCAGUCAAAAGUCUUGACACAAAUUUUAUUCCUUAUUUUUAUUAUUU